AUGGUUGACGCUGCUUUUCUUCAAGCUGAUAUCAAUCGAGACAACAGAUUAGAUUUAAAUGAAUUUCGUAGUUUUGCUCAACAAAACAAUUAUAAUGGUGGUAAUGGUUUUACAUCACAUUCAUCAUCACACGAAUCAUCAUCAAUAGGAGGACCAUCUGGUGGAGCUCAUUACGAAGCUUCUUAUAGAAGUGACGCUGAUUCUGGUUUAGCAGGUGGUGUUAACGGUAGUUAUAACAGCGCAUCAUCAUCAUACUCAACUAAUAAUACUGGAUAUGGUGCUGCUGGUUUAGUUAGUGGUGGUGAUGCGGGAUAUGGUGUAUCAUCAACAGAAUCUGUAAAUUCAACUGCUGUUCAAUCGUAUGCAACAGAUUCACGAGGAUUAUUUCAAGAUAGUAAUCCACAAAUUAUUCGUCGUCCAGCUCCUAAUGGCCCAUUAACUUAUACACAAAAUAUUCGAGUACGAUUUCUUCAACCACCACCAAUUCCACCACCAGGCCCACUCAUUAUAAAAGAAGUGCGUCCACCUCAACCACCUCCACCACCAGCUCUUCGUAUUCGUCAACAAGCUCCUCCAUGUCCUCAACCACCUCCACUUGUCUUACGUGAACGACCACCAGUACCACCACAAAGUGUUGCUUCACAAACAGUGAUUCGUCGACUUGCUGCAUUACCUGUUCCACCACGAUCAACAAUUAUCGAACGCUUACCUGCUGCUCCAGCACGUCCUCGUGACAUCAUCAUUGAACGUUGGGUACCUUAUGGUGCAGCUGCAAAACGUCGUACUAUUGUUCAACGUGCUGCAGCAGCUCAACAAUAUGCACAACCACGCAAUGUUAUUAUUCAAUAUGAUAAUGUACAAGCUCGUAUUGUUCGUCAAUUUCAAAAAUUAGGUGUACAACCUGAAAAUCCUGCAGCAUAUGUUCAACGAUAUGGUGCUCAACUUCUUGAUUCAGUAACACUUGUUCAACAAGCACGAGCAGCUGGUGUUACUGAAGAUAUUUCACCACCUGUUGUUGCUGGUUCAUUUGCUGCUACUGAAGGUCAAUUUUCAUCAACUGGUGGUGCUACUGGUGCUGGUGGUCUUACUGGACAAGGUUAUGGUGGUAUUGCUGGUGAAAUGAAUUUUGAAGCUACGGCUGGUGGUGUUGGAUCACGUGCAAAUAUUGCUCAUUCAGCGUAUGAAGCUCAUGGUGGUGGUGUAGUUGGAAUUGAUUCACCUGCAGCUUUUAGCAGUCAUGUUGGUGGUGCCGGUGAAGGACCAACUGGUUUUGGAGCUGCUCCUGUACUUUCAUCAGCUUUUAGUGGUUUUGGAGAAUCUGUAUCAACCUAUGGUGCUGGUUCAAAUGUCGGACCAGGUUCAGGUUUUGCCCCAUCAACUCUUUUCAAUGCUGCUGAUGCUAAUCAUGAUGGUGUUCUCUCACAGAGAGAAUUCAAUGCUGCUGGUUAUUAA